GAGUCCUUUUGUCCAAGAUGGCGGCGCCGGGGGCGCUGCCUCCUGGGCCGCCGCCGCCGCCGCUCUGAGGGACCCGCGGGCCGCCCGCCCGCCCGCCGAACCGGCGCGAUGAAGCGGCAGAGCGAGCGAGACUCCAGCCCGAGCGGGCGUGGCUCGUCAUCGUCCGCCAAGCGGCCGCGGGAGCGCGAACGAGAGGCAGAGGCGGGCGGGCGGCGGGCAGCGCACAAGGCCUCCGGCGGUACCAAGCACCCGGUCCCGGCGCGGGCUCGCGACAAGCCCCGCGGCAGCGGCGGAGGCGGCGGGCAUCGCGACGGGCGCGCUGCCGGGGAUGCGAAUCACCGGGCGAGCGGCGGGCGCUCCUCGGGCGCGCCCGGAGGCGGGGGACGCACCGGCAAGGCCUCCGGGGACCCGGGUGCUGGCGGCGCGUCGCCCCGCGCAUCUCCACUCCCGCCGCCCCCGCCGCCCCCCGGGGCGGAACCCGCGGGUCCGGGCUCCACCGCGGCUCCGGAGUACAAGACGCUCCUCAUCAGCAGCCUGAGCCCCGCGCUGCCGGCCGAGCACUUGGAGGACCGGCUCUUCCACCAGUUCAAGCGGUUCGGGGAGAUCAGCCUGCGCCUGUCACACACCCCGGAGCUGGGCCGCGUGGCCUACGUGAACUUCCGGCACCCACAGGACGCGCGGGAGGCUCGCCAGCACGCCUUGGCCCGGCAGCUGCUGCUCUACGAUCGCCCGCUCAAGGUGGAGCCGGUGUACCUGCGCGGCGGCGGGAGCAGCCGGCGCAGUAGCAGCAGCAGCGCCGCCGCCUCCACGCCGCCCCCCGGGCCUCCCGCGCCCGCCGACCCCCUGGGCUAUCUGCCCCUGCACGGUGGCUACCAGUACAAGCAGCGCUCGCUGUCUCCGGUAGCCGCCCCGCCCCUGCGGGAGCCCCGCGCGCGGCACGCCGCCGCAGCCUUCGCCCUGGAUGCUGCUGCCGCGGCGGCCGUGGGACUGUCUCGAGAGCGAGCCCUGGACUAUUACGGGCUGUACGACGACCGCGGCCGCCCGUACGGCUACCAGGCCGUGUGCGAGGAGGACCUGAUGCCGGAGGAUGAUCAGAGAGCCACUCGAAACCUCUUCAUCGGCAACCUGGACCACAGUGUUUCUGAGGUGGAGCUUCGACGGGCCUUCGAGAAGUACGGCAUCAUCGAGGAGGUGGUCAUCAAGAGGCCUGCCCGCGGCCAGGGUGGUGCCUAUGCCUUCCUCAAGUUUCAGAAUCUGGACAUGGCACACAGGGCGAAGGUGGCUAUGUCUGGCCGGGUGAUUGGCAGAAACCCCAUAAAGAUAGGCUACGGCAAGGCUAACCCCACCACCCGCCUCUGGGUGGGUGGUCUCGGACCUAACACCUCGCUGGCGGCCCUGGCCAGGGAAUUCGAUCGCUUCGGGAGCAUUCGGACCAUCGAUCACGUCAAAGGAGACAGCUUUGCCUACAUCCAGUACGAGAGCCUGGACGCAGCCCAGGCUGCCUGUGCUAAAAUGAGGGGCUUCCCCUUGGGUGGUCCAGAUCGCAGGCUCCGGGUGGAUUUUGCCAAAGCCGAGGAGACUCGCUAUCCCCAGCAGUACCAGCCCUCACCUCUCCCUGUGCACUAUGAGCUGCUCACUGACGGAUAUACCCGGCAUCGGAACUUGGAUGCUGACCUUAGGGUGCGGGAUAGGACCCCUCCACACCUUCUGUAUUCAGACCGAGACCGGACCUUUUUGGAAGGGGACUGGACCAGCCUCAGUAAAAGUUCAGACCGCAGAAACAGCCUGGAGGGCUAUAGCCGCUCAGUUCGCAGCCGGAGUGGUGAGCGCUGGGGGGGUGAUGGGGACCGGAGCAUAGCCAAGCCCUGGGAAGAGAGACGCAAGCGGAGGAGCCUCUCCAGUGACCGUGGGAGGACAACUCACUCCCCUUACGAGGAACGCAGCAGGACCAAGGGUGGGGGGCAGCAGUCUGAGCGAGGCUCAGAUCGCACCCCUGAGCGUAGCCGCAAGGAGAACCACUCCAGUGAAGGGACCAAGGAGUCAGGCAGCAACUCCCUCAGCAACAGCAGACAUGGUGCUGAGGAGAGGAGCCACCAUCACCACCACCAUGAGGCUCCAGACUCUUCCCAUGGGAAAAAGACUAGAGAGAGUGAACGCAAUCAUCGGACCACUGAGGCAGAGCCCAAGACUCUUGAAGAGCCAAAACACGAGACCAAAAAGCUAAAGACUCUGUCAGAAUAUGCCCAGACACUGCAGCUGGGUUGGAAUGGGCUUCUGGUGUUGAAAAACAGCUGCUUUCCGACAUCUAUGCACAUCCUUGAGGGGGACCAGGGAGUUAUCAGUGGCCUCCUCAAAGACCAUCCUUCUGGCAGCAAGCUGACCCAGCUAAAGAUUGCCCAGCGCCUUCGACUGGAUCAGCCCAAGCUGGACGAGGUCACCCGGCGAAUCAAGCAGGGGAGCCCUAAUGGCUAUGCUGUGCUCCUGGCCAUCCAGUCAACCCCCAGCGGGCCUGGCGCCGAGGGCAUGCCCGUGGUGGAGCCAGGCCUACAGAGGCGGCUUCUCAGGAACCUAGUCUCCUACUUGAAACAGAAGCAGGCUGCAGGGGUGAUCAGCUUGCCGGUGGGUGGGUCUAAGGGCAGAGACAACACAGGCAUGCUCUAUGCCUUCCCGCCCUGCGACUUUUCACAGCAGUACCUCCAGUCAGCGCUGCGGACAUUGGGCAAGUUAGAGGAAGAACACAUGGUGAUAGUUAUAGUAAGGGACACCGCCUAGCCCGCACCUGUGCUUUCCAGCUGUGUUUGUGUCACAGAAGCAGUUAUUUUAAAGAUCUGCUCCUUCUCCACCUACCUUCUCCCUUGGUUUGAAUUCUCUGCUGGGUUUUUGUGGUUCAUUUGGUGGCAUCCUGUCUACUGCUAAAACUAAGUUCUUAGAUUUGGGGGGAAUUUUUGUUUUUUUAUAAGAAGAAACUUAUGUUUCCCGUGUAUGAGAUUCUGUCUGCUGUAUUCUGUAUUUUUUUAUAUUUUAUUUUAUUUUUUUGACUAACUGUAUGGAAAAUUGUCAGUAAAGCCUUUGUCAGAGGAUGAAUUUUUAAUCCCGCCAGAGUCCUGGUUUAAUCAGGUUUUUUCGUAAAGAAUGGAAGGCUUCACUCAGAGCAUGCCGUAUGUCAUGUUUUUGUCACCACUGCUUCUAAAAGUUGUGCUGUGCUGGUCCUGCGCAGCUCUUUGUGCUAUCGGGGCCCAGCUCACACUUGUCAAACUUAGCUGCUGGCCAGCAGGCUUACAAGGCAUGGUCCCUGUUUAUACUAGCCGAAAGCUGAGCCCGUUCAGAGGAAAGGCCUGGGCCUAAGACCUGUGCCAACAGCUACAGGUAGUUUUGUUGUUUUUCCCUGCCCUAAGUGUGUGCUUUAGUUUGGGCGAUGGCUGUUGGACAGAGCACCCAAUUAUAAAAGCCUGUUUAAUGGAGGGUAGUUUUCAGUUGUGUAGUCUUGCAUUUGGGGGGAGGAACAGUGCAAUAUUGAUGCAAACGGCCGUGGGCAUGACGUGCCCAGGCUCCCCCUGGUUCCGUCUUUUAGUCUUACUGUGUAGUUUAGGGUCUCCCCUAUCAGUCAUCUGCCUGACUGCCAGGGGUCUUGGAGGUAAGAUGUUGGCAGGCAGGGUAAGCGGCAGCCAGACUUGUUAACUCUUCAAUGUGCUUCCUUCGCUCUCAGGGCUAUGUCAGAGCAGCCUGUGCUGCAGUCAAACUUCAAGCUUUGUGGCAAACAGACCCCCCAACUACACUGCUCAGUCUGCAAGGGUGUCAGUGCCAGGAAGAUGCCCUUGAUGAGUGACAUAGUGUUCCGUGUUGUGACCCAGACCUGAGGUAAGAAAAUAGAGAAAAGUCACAGUUGUGAUGGACUAGAGCCCAAAUCCACAUCAGCUUUGGUAUGAAGGAACCAGACUGAUAAGUCCUAUGUCUGGGAUGGGAAAGUGACUAGGCCCUGCCUUUGUGGUCUCUCAAGUAGAAAGCCAGAUCAGGCAACAACGGUUGUCACCACAGAUCACAGUCAGGCUCACAAUGUGACGGCUUGGUAGUCCAAACCAGUCAGGCUGAGGAGAAUGGAACCCUGGUUAGAGGUUCUAGCCAGGCCAGUGCUUCAGGUCUGGCCUACCCUGAGCCAGCACCUGUGACCCCUGGGCUCUGAGAUGGACCUUGAAGGCUGUAUGGAGUUCAUGCCUGUCUACAGAGACAGAAAUUUAAGAGACUGGAGAAGAACAGGGAAUUACCACUCACUGGGCUUUGGCUGGUAUUCAUGAGAAAGUAAAGGCUCUAAAGCAGUGGCUCUCCACCUGUGGGUCACAACCCAUUCGGCAAACUUCUAUCCUCCAAAAUAUCUGCAUUACAAUUUGUAACAGUAGCAAAGUUACAGUUAUGAAGUAGCAACAAAAUAACAUGGUUGGAGUAACCACAACAUGAGGAAGUGUAUUAAAGGGUUGCAGCACUAGGAAGGCUGAGAACCACUUCUCUAAAGCAUUAACAUGCGUGUUCAUCUCCCUAUGUAUGGGGCCACUUUCUCUGGAGCUCGGAGCAAGCCAGUCAACCUGCUAGACUAGACUACUUCAGUUCUUUGUCAUACCAGCAGAAACCAGAGCUCAUCCUGACAGACUGCUGCAGUUUUUCUUACAGAUCCUGAACAAUGAAAAGCAUCACAGAAGAGUUGUUGUAGCACAGCUGGGUCCCUGUAACAAAGCAGGUUUCACCCGGGUACCCUUCCCAGGCAGAACCAGGUCACUUUAUUACCCCUUUGGAAAAGGGCACCCUUUGGCUCUGGCGAUCAUCUGUUUCUUAGUGAAGAACCACACCCACUGUAACCUUCUUCCUUGGGCCAUCUUACCCACUUCCUUUUAGUCCUUAAGAUGUUAACAGGUUCUGUGGCCUCUCAGUCAGCCCUGCUAGCACUAGAGGUGGGUCAGGCGGCCAAGGCCUUGUUUGAUCAUGACAUUGUAGCCAGUGAGAAAGCUGACAGCAGGUACCCAGUGCCUGAGAUGUUGCAUCAAGGCAAAAAACAUGAGCAGAGAAAGCCCCUAAUUGGAAGGUUUCAUAGCUUGUCUUAAGUGACUCGGGUUGUGAACCCUAGGAAGAACAUGGAAGGUGGAUGUUUUCUCCUAGCCUCAUGAGGCACAUUCCUAAGGGAGUGUUGUCAAGUCAACCAAAAUUGUGCUUUCCUAUUAUAUGUGCUCAUCUCUACCUUGGGAGGACUGCGUGCUCCCAGGAGCUCCUGGCAGAGCUGCAACACAGAGACUUUGCUGUUUUCUCUUCAGCUGCAUCCAGGAGCAGCCAUCAGCCUUCUACUGGCUGGUGUCAGCUAACCAUUUAAUGCCAUGGCAUGAAGCAAAUGAGCGGCUGAGCCUUGGCUUGCUUAAAGUACCAGGAUGUACUUCUUUGGUACUGGGUCCCUUCAGUGUAACAGGCUGUGUUCUUGGUGUAGGAGGCUCUCCCUACCCCUGGAGAGUUUUCACUGUCUGUGUUACUUGUUUACUUUAUAACCAGUACACCCUUCUCUCAGCAAAGGGAGUAGGGUUUCUGUAGCUGUGAUGCCUAUGUAACAGAAACAGAAGCUACAAUCUGGGCAAAAUCAGAGAGAAAAUUAACUUUGUAUUUAUUUGGGAAGGAGAGAGGCAGGCUGAGCAAAGCAUGAGCCCCUGAUGCUUUGUCAGUUUUAGACCUUGCCAGUUUUUCUCCAAAUCCAGCCUGACCAAGCCUCAAAGUACCCCUGAACUGUUAGGACUGAAAAACUGUCCAAGUCCCCCCUAAUCUCAGACAAGGGGUAGCCAGAAUGCUCCUUAAAAGUCCCACACAUGGGGGUAGAGAUGUACCCCCUACCCCGGUCCCUUCUGCCCCCUUGUUUGUUAUCCUCACAAAGCCUUCAGCAACUUCAGGCCAGGCUCAAGUGCCAGAGCCACCGUCUGUCCCAGGGGUUUGCUGUGGGAGGCGGUGUUCUCUCACUGUGGAGGGAGGGCUCUGCCUUCCUUACAAGUCCUCUGAGGUCUGGCCAGAACUGAGAGGAGGAAGGGGAAAUCCCACUUUGGUAAAAGAAAACAAGGAAAGGCCAUAAACAAAGACAGACUUGUAGUUUAUUUUGUAAUUUUUUUUAAAUAAAUACACUUUACAU